AUGGAGGUCUCGAUGGAGAACCCCCCCAAGAGGGAAGCCUCCAUGAGGAGCCGCCCCACCAAGGAGCUCCACGGCCCGUACGACAAAAUAAAGUACGAGUUCUCCGACGUGAAGUACACAGUAGAUCAUGGGAAGCUGGAAAUUCUACACGGAAUAAAAGGCAUCCUCCUUCCCCAGACCAUAACAGUGAUCAUGGGCCCCAGUGGAAGCGGGAAGACAACUCUGCUGAACAUUCUGUCCAUGAAAGUGACAGACGGUGUGGAAGGAAAUUUCCUCAUUAACAAUACGAAUAGGAGCAAAAAUAUAAAGAGUUACAUGGGAUACGUUCUCCAGGAUGAUUAUUUCUUCUCCCGAAUGACUGUAUACGAAACGAUAGAGUUUACUGCCAAGCUGAAAUUAGACAUUAGGGACAAAAACAAGUUACGCGAAUUGGUUCAUUCCGUGUUGGAGAUAAUGAGUCUAACCCAUGUGAAGGAUACCAUCGUGGGGGAUGCCUUUGUAAGGGGAAUAAGUGGAGGACAAAGAAAAAGACUAUCCAUUGCAAAUGAAAUUUUGUCAAACCCACCUUUACUCCUCAUGGAUGAGCCGACAAGUGGAUUAGACUCCUCAUCCGCCUUAUCCCUAGUAGAGUGCAUUCAGAGAAUAGCUACCAUCUCGAAUACCACCAUCAUAUCGUCUCUUCAUCAGCCAAGCAGCCAAGUGUUCGGAAAGUUUGACAGACUUAUAGCAAUAACAAAUGGGUACAUAAUAUAUCAUGGGAAGACAACCGACCUGAAUAAGUAUUUAAAAAAAGUUGGGUUCAUUUGUCCGUACGGGUGGAAUGUGGCAGAUUACCUCAUGGAUGUCCUCUGCAACGUAAAUUUCGAAUCCAUCCUGCUGGAGAAUUACAAUAAGUAUCUUCGCUAUGAUAAAGAGAUAGGUUAUUAUAUGGAUAUCGACUCUAUUGAUAAUAAAGUGAUUCAUGACGACUACGAUUCGUUGUUGGCCAAGGAGGGAAAUGAGACUAAAGGGGCACAUAGGACGGAGAAGUCGUCACCACAAAGUAGUGAUAAAUCCCCAAUUGGGGUACGGAAAAAAUCUUCAAACGUUUCCAUAAAAGAAAUAAACAAUGCAAGGGAACAAGAUCUGAAGAAGCUAAAGGCCGUCGAGGUGUUAAUCUCUUUGCAAGAAAAAAAGACACCAUAUAUUAGACAGAACUUUUUUCUCCUCACAAGAGGAUUGAAAAAAAUAAUAAUCGAUGAGAUCACGAUCGUGAAGGUGAUAGACUUGGUUGUCAUUCUAACCUUGUUUGCCUUCCUCUGGUUAAAAACGUUUAAGGAGGACACGGAAGACGGGAUCAUUGAUACCAUUGGGGCGAUUUUCUUUAUUCUAUCCUACUGGACUUUUUACCCUGCCUACUUAUCAUUGUAUUCCUUCCCCUCAGAGAGGGAAGUCAUAGCAAAGGAGAGAAACAUGAAGACAUUCCAAGUGAGUAACUACUUUUUUUCCAAACUCCUUUCAGAGUUUAUCUUUUUCUUAACCUUAAUUGCCUUCUGGGUUCUAAUCACACAUCUGAUUCUGUAUGGGACGCUUAAAUUUGGAGUCUACGUUAGUUACGUCUUCAUCACUUUGUUAAAUGCUCUGAUUAGUAGCUCCCUGGGAUAUUUCAUAUCGACUCUGUUUGAUAACUUCAGCAAGGCUGUUAGUUUCCUUUCUGUCGUUUUGCUGACCAUGACGCUGACAAAUGGGUUCUAUGUCGAGAUAGCCAAAUUGCAAGUACCUUUUAGAUACCUCCAAUGGUUGUCUUACCAAACAUACUCUGCCUCAGUGCUAGCCAAAAUAAAGUUCGAUGACGCGCUUAUCAAGUGCUCUGCGGAGAACCUCUCCUCUGUGUGCCAAAGCGAGGGCUCCUUCCCUGGCAAGGUCAUAAUAGACAAGCGGUUUGCCAAACUGCACAUUUCCCACUCCGUCUUUAUCCUCGUCAGCUUCUACGUCGUGAUCAAGGCGGCGACGUACGUCUCCCUGCGCUGGUCCCACGCGCUCAGGAUGAAGUGA